UCUACGAAAACUCCCAAAAAUUCUCAAUUCUUCCCAGUAGACAAACCACGUAACUUGCUCGCUGGAGACCGAGAACGCUGGAUUUGCUCGUCCACCAUGGACGCUGCAGACUCAUCAGUCAACGGGACAACGACACCCACCCCCUCAACUCCGAAAAGAACCUCAGGCCUGGCCCUGACAGAGUACACUGCAGCUCCCACUCCUCCCUCUGAACGAGCAGAUACGCCCACGUACAAUGUGCCACAAGACUUCCUACUGCCCAGUGGCUACCCUGACUACCUACGACUCAUCCUCACCUCCCGGGUCUACGAUGUCGUCUCCGAAAGCCCUCUCACACACGCCGUCAACCUUUCCAACCGCCUAGAGUGCAAGGUCCUUCUGAAACGGGAGGAUUUGCUGCCAGUCUUCUCGUUCAAACUGCGAGGCGCGUACAACAAGAUGGCACAUCUGCCACCAAAGGUCAGCUGGAAGGGUGUCAUUGCAUGCUCCGCCGGCAAUCAUGCGCAGGGCGUUGCCUAUUCUGCGCGACAUCUCAAGAUCCCAGCCACUAUUGUGAUGCCCUCGGGGACGCCCGCAAUCAAACACAUGAAUGUCAGCAGAAUGGGUGGAAGCGUGGUGUUACAUGGACCAGACUUUGACUCUGCGAAACAACACUGUCACGAUCUGGAAAAGCAAUAUGGCUUGACCAACAUACCACCGUUCGACGACCCUUAUGUCAUCGCCGGGCAGGGUACCAUAGGAAUGGAACUGUUGAGGCAAACGUCUCUGCAAAAGCUACAAGCCAUCUUCUGUUGUGUUGGUGGGGGUGGUUUGAUCGCAGGUAUCGGUGUCUAUGUCAAACGGAUAGCACCCCACGUCAAGAUCAUUGGGGUGGAAGCAUCAGACGCCAAUGCCAUGGUUGAAUCGUUGAAGCGGGGCAAAAGGGUAAUGCUGAAUGAUGUUGGCCUCUUUGCGGAUGGCGCGGCAGUCAAGACCGUGGGUGAGGAGACUUUCAGGAUAUGUCAAGAAAUAGUCGACGAGGUAGUCCAAGUCAGCACCGACGAGAUCUGUGCCGCUAUCAAAGACGUCUUCGAAGACACGAGGUCGGUCCUGGAGCCGGCCGGUGCAUUGUCGCUGGCCGGUCUGAAGAAAUGGGUCUCUCAGAACCCUUCGGCAGAUGCGAGCAGAGAGCUGGUGGCUGUGGCCAGCGGUGCGAACAUGAAUUUUGACAGACUGAGAUUUGUCGCGGAGCGUGCCGCUCUCGGUGAGCAGAAAGAGGCUCUCCUGACCGUCACCAUUCCCGAGAGGCCAGGCUCGUUUGCACAACUGGUCGAGGCAGUGUUGCCUCAAGCUGUGACGGAAUUCGGCUACCGACUUUCAUCGCAAGCUCAAGCACACGUCUUGAUGGGUAUCUCAGUUUCCUCCGCGGGUGCGAGAGCCAAGGAAUUGGACUCACUCUUUGCCCGACUCUCGGGCGAGGGUAUGACCGCGAGAGAUAUCUCAAAUGAUGAGCUUGCUAAGACUCACAUCCGAUAUCUGGUCGGUGGGCGGACCGACGUCAAGGACGAACGAUUAUACAUGUUUGAAUUUCCAGAGCGGCCCGGUGCCCUUUUCAAAUUUCUCCAGACAAUGCGGCCAGGUCAAAACAUCAGCCUGUUUCACUAUCGGAACUACGGCGGCGAUGUGGGCAAAAUUCUUGCCGGCAUUCAAUGUCCAGAGUCAGAGAAGGGUGAGCUGGAGGGCUUUCUCAAAGACAUCGGAUAUCCCUUCACUGAGUGUACAGACAGUCCGACAUACAAAAUGUUCCUACGCAGUUGAUCACCUGGGUGGAAUUGGUGUUGGAAGGCAACACAAAAAGCAUAUGCACAUAGUGAUGAUACCCGUAUGAUAAUAAUGAGGAUACUUUUGGAGGUUGCGAAUA